UGUUCCUGUCUCGAGAUCAACAAAGCGCUUGAAUGCCCCCUCAGCGACGGAAUAAGCAGCCAUUGCUGAAAUAUUACUUGUUCUUGUAGCGCAAAUAAGUAAAUGUGAAGUUAAAGAAUGCGCAGACUUCAGUGACAGAAACUUCUGGAUCGCUCUGGUGCGCUGUAGGUGCCGCAAGCAGUCAGCGGGCGUCAUCGUUUCUCUGUUGUUGUGACGGCGCAAACCGGCGAGGCGACCAAUGAGUCAGCAGCUGAUCGGGGUUAAUUUUACCUAACCAAACCGUAUAUAUAUAACGAUAACAACUCUGGUGUUAGCAUCCGCUCGAGAGACCUACUAGAUUAUACAGGAAGCCUUUUCAGAGGUAACAAUGGCAGUUCCAGUAGCUGCAUUACAAAUGAGCACAUCAUCCAGCCCGGGUCUGCUGGAGCACAACAUUCACAUCAGCGACAGAGAUUUGGGAAGGAUUUCAAGUGACAAUAACAACGACAUUCUGCCUUUGCAUUCACCGUGGACUUUCUGGCUUGACAGAUCUCUACCAGGAACAACAGCAGCUGAAUGUGAGUCAAAUCUGAAGAAAAUCUACACCGUGGAGACCGUCCAGAACUUUUGGAGGGUUUACAACAACAUACCUGGUGUCUCCAGUCUGCCACUGAGAUGCAGCUAUCAUCUGAUGAGAGGAGAGAGAAAGCCACUCUGGGAAGAAGAAAGCAAUGCUAAAGGUGGCGUUUGGAAGAUGAAAGUCCCCAAAGAAUGCACUUCUGCUGUGUGGAAGGAGCUGCUAUUGGCUACUAUUGGAGAGCAGUUCAGUGAUUAUUGUGCCUCAGACGAUGAAGUAGUCGGGGUCAGCGUCAGUGUGAGAGACAGAGAGGAUGUGUUUCAGGUUUGGAAUGGGAACGCUUCUUGUGCUAACGAGUCGAAAAUCUUAGGGAGGAUCAAUGAGCUUCUUCCUCAGAUUCCUUUCAAAGCAGUGUUUUACAAACCACAUGAGGAGCACCACGCUUUUGAAGGAGGUCGAAGACAUUAGGACAUUUUGCACAUCAGAACCCUCGGGACAUGCUUUUUUUUGCUUAUAAACAUGUUUUGGAUAAUAUUUAGGCACAUUUUGAGGCAAGUUAGUUGCUUAAUAUAUCAUCUUACUUACCUCAAAAUCUUGCCAAUGUACUUAAAUUCUAAACCGAUGGAAUUUCCCAUCUUCUGAGCGCUACUGUCAUUUAGAAUAACAUCCAAAAUACUUUUAUUUUACUCGAAAGCAAAAACUCUUUUUCAGUUUGAUUUUAUUUGUGGCAGUGUUUGUGUGUUUUUUAUACCGCAAAAUUUUGCAAAUCCUUAACCAAAACAGUAGAUCAUGUACAUGUACAUGUCCAGUUUUUUUAGAUGUAUCAUAGCAUAUUAUGUGCCGUUUCCUGAGCACAAAGCUAGGUCUUUGGAUUACAUCUCAUUUUUUGGAUCUAAUUAAAGGCCUAGUUCCACAAAGCAAACCUUUAUCUUAACAAUGCAUUACAAAUGCUUUUCUAGUUAGCUCUUUUCUCUGUUUUUGUAUGUUCCAGCCAAAAUAAUGUUGCCUAACAUGAAUAUUUAGUAUGCUGUAAUGCUAAUAUACAAGCAAAAAAUUGCACAUUCUUUUUUAUUUUCUUUUUUAGGAUACGAGCGGAUUGUAAAAAGGAAUAUGUUCUUGUUACAAUAAAAUGACCUCAGUACACAAAUCACCACAAGUAGAUGCUGAGAAAUAUAUGCAAUCAUUUCUAUUCUGUAGAAUUUGCAGCAGAUUUGCAGUGUUGUGGUUCUUAUUUUGUUCAAGCAUCUGCCCCAAAUCAAGCACUUUGUUUCUUACUGUGUGUUGAGUGUCCGGGAUAAGAUGGAGUUUUGAUAACUGAGACCAAAUCCACUUUGGUUUUAUGUUACCUUUUAUGAUAAAUUGUCCGGGUUUUUUUUAAUGGAUUUCUUUUUUUCCUCCUUUACUUGUAACUGAGAUGUGUAGAUGGUAAUGUUUUAAUUAUGUUUGUCUAUGUAUUCUGUGUUAAAUUUGACUUCGUAAAAGCCUUCCCUUUGUAAAUAAUAUUGGCCUGAGGAAAAAAACAAAACAAACACAUGACGUGCAUUAAUGUGUCACAGAGAGGGACACCAGAAAACUGCUUUAAAUCUCACUUUCCUUGAGGGACUGCUCGGGGUCUACUUUAGUCUAUUUGUACAAAUCGUGGGAGUUUGAAGUGAAGCAAUCACUGCAGCAGGGUCAAAUCAGUAUGAAACAAGUUAAUGAGAUUACUACUGCUGCACAAAAACGCAUUUCAGUGUCUCUGAGAUCCAUAUAGAUGUAUUUUCUGUCGCAGUUGGAAAGACUGUAUUUGUAGUGUUAAAAAUCAUGAUCAGAUUAUGGAAAUGUUAAAAAAAAGUUGAACAUCUCAACAAAGGCACCUUUCCCCCGUGUUUGUGUUUGAGGGAGUAGAAUUAACUAUUCUAGGCUACAUAGAGCAUUUUGGGUCAUUUCUAAACAGCAAUGGCUUAUGGACUGAAACCCACAGAAACUCACUGCUGCUAUGAUUUCCGAGUCAAAUCAAAUGUUUAAACAUGUAUUAUGCUGGUGUCUUGGCUUGGAUUCUCUGCUGAAGAAUAUUCACAAGAGGAGUUAGAUUUCCAACCAUCGACUUUGCCAAUUUUGCUUUGUUUUCCCUUUAUUCUUUUGUCGUUCAUGUAAUAUAAGCACAUACUAAGAGAAUACUGUACCCUUGCACAUAUACAGUUGACCACUCACUUCAGGUCUCAGACUUUGUAACUGAUUGUUGAUCUUGGAUGGUGCCUUGUGUUUACCAGCAGUUUAGAAUGUCAUCUGUGUUUAGCAUGUAUAUAGUCAUGUUUCUCUGUUAGUUUUACACGUGUUUGACAAAUAAAGACGCAUAAACUUCCA